GGACCCAUUACAAUUUAUGAAAAUGUUUAUACAAUAAAUACUAAUAAUUUUUGGUUUCAGGUAUCUCGACUAGUAAUUCUACAUGAAGAAGCCGAAGAUGGAAAUGCUAUGCCCGAUCUGGAGCGGCCGGUACAGGCUGUAUCCAGAGCUGUCACAAACUUAGUCAAGGUCGGGCGAGAUACUAUAAACAGCUCAGAGGAUGACAUUCUCAAACAAGACAUGCCGAGUGCUUUACUUCGGGUCGAAGAGGCUUCCCGUCUGCUCGAAGAUGCUUCGGCAAUGCUUAAACAAGACCCCUAUUCCGGCCCUGCUCGGAAAAAGUUGAUAGAAGGAUCUAGGGGUAUUUUACAGGGAACGUCAGCACUUUUGCUAUGUUUUGAUGAAUCUGAGGUCAGAAAAAUUAUGCGGGAAUGCAAGAAGGUUUUGGAUUAUCUAGCCGUAGCUGAAGUUAUAGACACAAUGGAAGAUUUAAUACAAUUCUUAAAAGAUCUCAGUCCGUGCUUGAGCAAGGUUUCACGAGAAGUGAGUGCUCGUGAAAAAGAAUUAACACAUCAAGUUCACAGCGAGAUUUUAGUUCGAUGCCUUGAACAAGUCAAAACCUUAGCUCCGAUUUUGAUUUGCAGUAUGAAGAUCUAUAUCCACAUUAUGGAUCAAGGUGGCAAGGGUGCCGAAGAGGCAUCUGAAAACAGAAACUAUUUAUCUUCAAGAAUGUCUGAUGAAAUUCAUGAGAUUAUUAGAGUCUUACAGUUAACUACAUAUGAUGAAGACCAGAGCGAAUUGGACAACCUGACAGUAUUGAAAAAACUGAGCAAUGCCAUCCACACAAAAAUGUUGACUGCUACAGACUGGCUUAGUGAUCCACGCGCUUUGAGGGGAGGCGUAGGAGAAAAAUCCUUAAGACAGAUUAUAGAAACUGCUCGGCGUGUAUGCGAUCAUUGCUUACCGCAGGACGCGGCGCAGAUAUCACGUCUAGCUGGAGAAAUAGCCUCUAAGACGGAUGCACUGUGCGAACUGCGCCAAGCUGGUAAAGGAAACACACCUCAAGCGCAGGCACUUGCUGAUGAAAUAAAGGAAAAGCUGACGCAAUUACAACAAGCAGUCAUGGGAGCUGUCCUCGGGGUAGACAAGGCUGGUUUGCAACAGACCGCUCACACAGUACAAGGAAGAUUAGAACAGGCUCGGAAAUGGCUCCAAUCGCCGGCCAGCGAUGAUCGCGGUCUUGGACGCCGAGCUAUAGCACUUAUUGUUGAUGAAGGAAAAAAGGUAAAAUAA